AUGCUUUGGAAAUUAUCUGUUGAGAUACUUAUAUUUUGUAUGAUAGCAAAUAUUGCUCUUGCUUCCGAUUAUUCCAAGCGUAAAGAAGAUUACGAAUGUAAAUUAGGAUCAAAAACUCCUUAUAGAUGUGUAGCUAAUCAAGAUGAAUCGAUAUUGAAAUAUCCAGAUUGUAUGGAGAAGAAGAUUUGGUUAAUUCUGCGUCAUGGAACUCGAUAUCCUGGCAAAAAAUAUAUACCUCGUAUGAUAGAUGACUUGCCAGAGUUGCAACAUGUAAUAUUAAAAAAUUAUGCAAAUGGAGCAAUAAAUUUGUCAGCUGAUGAUGCAGCUCUAUUUAGGAAUUGGAAAUUAUCAUUUGCACAAGGAAAUAUGAUGAAAUUGGCAGUAGAAGGAGAGAAUGAAAUGAUUGAUCUCGGAGAAAGGUAUCAGGCAAGAUUUCCAACACUGAUGCCAGAAGCUUUUGAUAAUCAAACAUAUAAAUUUAGAUUCACAGCUACACAACGUACAGAAGAGAGUGCAAGACACUUUGCUGUUGGUUUAUUUGGUUGGUAUAACAGCAAAAAUGUUUGGUAUCCAUUACCAGUAUAUAAAGAUCGUGUGAUAAGAUUUUACAAGGCUUGUCCUCGCUGGCGCCAAGAAGUUGACAAGAAUUUAGAUGCAAAGCGAGAAUUAACAAAAUUUCUUAAUAGCAAGAUUAUUAGAAAUAUGUUAAAUAAUGUUAAAAAGCGUAUUGGUCAUGAUAUCGAUUAUGAAACUGCUCAUUUAAUGCACACAACGUGUUCUUUUGAAACUGCUUUAAAUCAAAGUGUUGUGUCUCCCUGGUGUAAACUAUUUUCAUUAGAUGACUUUAAGGUGUUUGAAUAUGCGGAAGAUCUAGAAUUCUAUUGGAUCGAUGGCUAUGGCUAUUCACUAACUUAUGAGCAAGCAUGUGCUGCUUUAAAAGACAUGUUCGAUUCCUUUCGAUCCAUAAAUAAAGGGCCAAUUACAACAGCUUACUUUACACAUUCUGGCACGAUUUUGAAAUUAAUAGCCUUACUCGGACUAGCCAAAGAUCCACAUCCAUUGAUGCACGAUUCCUUCGCACUACGUAAAAAAGAAGAUAAAAGAGCUUGGAAAAGCAGUGUCAUUGAUACGUUUGCAUCUAACAUGGCAUUUGUUUUGUAUGAUUGCGAAUAUUAUGGACCCAGUGUUUUAUUUAUGCUUCAAGAACGACCGCUAUAUUUACCAGGUUGUCCAAAGGAUAUGCCAUGUCCAUUAAGUACUAUGAAAGCAUUGUAUCCAGAUCGCGAUGAAGAAUGUCAAUUUGAAGCUAUGUGCCAUAUAAAACAACAAACAAAACAAGACAAUUAAUAUCUUAAAAAGUAUAAGUUAAACAGUAUAAAGCUAUACAUGUGUUCUUUCAUUUAUUUAUAUAUCUCAAUAAAAAUACAUAAAUUUAGUUUUUGAGAAAGAUAUUUUUCUAAGAGAAGUUUUACUGAAACGUACCUGGUUUUGAUGAAUUCAAAAUAUUUUUUAAAAUGUACAAAGAGAUCGAGAUUUAUUUUGAGUAUCUUACUAUGUACAUAAAUAAUUAUUAAUAAACCAUUCAAUCAUCA